AUGGCGCCCCUUUCGCUCCGUGCCCUCCUUGGGUUCGUGGGAGCCGCGGCCGCGGUGACCGUGUCCGUAGCCAACUCCGGCGGUAGUCCCACAUCGCCGUACAUGUACGGUAUCAUGUUCGAAGAUAUCAACCAGAGCGGCGAUGGUGGUUUAUACGCCGAGCUCAUCUCCAACCGAGCCUUUCAGAACCAAUCGCUCAAGUCUUGGAGCGCCGUAGGCGACAGCACCGUCACGCUCGACACCACCACGCCGCUCUCGUGGGCUCUUCCCCGCUCGGCCAAGGUCAAGAGCGGGAAGGGCAAGACCGCCGGGCUGAAGAACUCGGGCUACUGGGGCAUAGACGUGAAGAAGGCCGACACGUACACCGGUAGCUUCUACUCGUAUGGCGCAUACAAGGGCAACUUCAAAGCCUCGCUGGUGUCCGAUAUCACCAACCAGACCCUGGCCUCCACCAAGAUCAAGUCUAAGUCGGUCGCCGAUUCCUGGACUCAGCACACGUUCGAGCUGCACCCGGCCAAGAACGCAGCCAACAGCAACAACAGCUUUGUCUUGGAGUUCACUCCCUGCAAGGAGACGGAGCUCAAGUUCAACCUGAUCAGCCUGUUCCCCCCGACAUACAAGAACAGGCCCAAUGGCAUGCGACGCGAUCUCAUGGAGAAGCUCGCCGAGCUGAAGCCCAGCUUCCUCCGGAUUCCAGGCGGCAACAACCUUGAGGGCAACUUUGCUGGCAAUCAUUGGUCUUGGGACUCUACAAUCGGCCCAUUGGAGCAGCGUCCCGGCCGCAUGGGCGUAUGGGAGUACGAUAACACGGACGGCCUCGGCUUGGUGGAGUACAUGCACUGGGCCGAAGAUCUUGACGUCGAGGUGGUGCUAGCGGUUCCCGCCGGACUGUACCUAAACGGCGACGUUGUUCCCGAGUCGGAGCUGGGCCCAUUUGUGGAGGACGCGCUCAACGAACUUGAGUUUCUCAAGGGCGAUAUCUCCACUCCUUACGGCGCCUUGCGCGCCAAGCUAGGCCACCCCAAGCCGUGGGACAUUAAGUUUGUCGAGGUCGGCAAUGAAGACAACCUGUGGGGCGGCAUCGACUCAUACAAGAGCUACCGGCUUAAAAUCUUCUACGACGCCAUCAAAGCCAAGUACCCAGACAUCUUCAUCUUCUCGUCCACCGACGAGUUUACCUACAAGGAGUCAGGCCGCGACUACCACAAGUAUACCCGUCCGGACUACUCCGUCUCCCAAUUCACCCUGUUUGACAACUGGACUACUACUCACCCCGUUAUUAUUGGAGAGUAUGCCACGAUCCAAAACAACACUGGGAAGCUCGAAGACACAAACUGGGACAACCCCAAGAACGCAUGGUCCAACUGGAUCGGCUCUGUCGCCGAAGCCGUAUUUCUGCUGGGCGCCGAGCGCAACGCUGACAAGAUCUGGGGUACUUGCUUCGCGCCGCUGUUGCAAAACCUGAACAACUAUCAGUGGGCGCCCGACCUGAUUUCCUUCAGCGCCAACCCCGCGGACACGACCCUCUCGGUCUCGUACCCAAUCAUCAAGCUCUUCUCCAGCGCCCGCAUCACUCACACCCUACCCACCACGUCCAAGGAAAAGCCUAACUUCGGCCCACUGUACUACGCUGCCGGCCGCGGUGCCGACUCGUCCUACAUCCUCAAGGCCGCCGUGUACAACAGCACCAACUCCGAAGACGUCCCCGUGAAUGUCCACUUUGAUGGGCUCAAGCAUGGGGCCAAGGCUACACUCACCGUGCUGACGGCCCCAGACGGCGGGUGGGCCAAGAACACGCCGGGUCAUGGGGAUGCGGUCAAGGAAACCGUCAAGCAUCUGACUGUUGGGAAGGGGGGACACGUGGAGUUCAGUCUGCCGGACUUGUCGGUCGCUGUUUUGAUCGCGGGGAAUAAAUGA